AUUAACGCUUUGGCCCUUCUCAUCCCAUACAGUAUCUAACUUCAGAUCAGCUCCAAAUGUCAAAAACCCGUUGCAUUCUCUCCCUCUUACAUGGAUGCAACAGCCUGAAAAUGUUACAGAAAAUCCAUUCUCAGGUCAUCGUUAACGGAUACCAAAACCAUCCCUCCAUUUCAAAUUCGCUCCUCAACUUGACUGCUAUCUCUCUCUCAGCCUCCUUAUCCUACGCUCAACAAAUCUUCCAUCAAAUUCAAAACCCACAACCCCAAGCUUGGAAUUGUAUGAUCAGAGGCUUUUCUCAGAGCCCAAAUCCUCUCGAAGCCAUUCUAUACUACAAUGACAUGGUCUCUUCUUCCCAUUCUCGCCCCAACAGUGUCACUUUCUCGUUCUUGCUCAAAGCCUGUGAGAGAGUUAAGGCCGAAAUCAAAUGCAGAGAGGUUCAUGGGUCGAUUAUUCGAUUUGGGUAUGAUUUGGACAUUGUUGUUUGUACCAAUCUCAUUAGAUUGUAUGCAGUAAAUGGUUUGAUUGGACUUGCGCAGAAACUUUUCGAUGAAAUGCCCGAAAGAGACUUGGUGUCUUGGAAUUCUUUGAUUUCGUGCUACUCCCAGGCAGGUUUGCACUAUGAGGCGUUGAAGAUAUAUGAUAGAAUGAGAAAUUUGAAUGUGGGUUUUGAUGGGUUUAGCCUCGUUAGCUUGCUUUCGUCUUGUGCUCAUGUGGGUGCGUUGAGUAUUGGUGUUCAAAUGCAUAGAUUGGCCAGUGACAAUGGGUUCUUGGACAAUAUUUUUGUUGGGAAUGCUCUUGUAGAUAUGUAUGCUAAAUGUGGAAGCUUGGAUGGUGCUUCUAGUGUCUUCAAUGGGAUGCAAAAGCGAGAUGUGUUUACUUGGAACUCGAUGAUCGUUGGGUAUGGAGCGCAUGGUUGCGGAGAUCAUGCAAUAUCAUUCUUCAAUCAAAUGUUGAUGGCAGGAGUCAAGCCAGAUUCAAUCACAUUUCUUGGUUUGUUGUGUGGUUGUAGUCACCUCGGUUUGGUUGAGGAGGGUGUUGAGUAUUUCCACAUGAUGAGCUGCAAAUUCAAUUUGAAGCCUGAAAUUAAGCAUUAUGGAUGCAUAGUGGAUCUGUUUGGACGAGCCGGAAAGCUUGAAAGGGCACUUGAAAUUAUUGAGAGUUCUCCAUUCUCGGACGAUCCAAUCCUAUGGAGAACUUUGUUAGGUUCCUGCAAGAUUCAUAAAGAUGUGGCAAAAGGAGAAAUUGCGAUGAGAAACCUUGUUCGGAUUUGGACACUGAGUGCCGGAGACUGCAUACUUCUUGCUGGAAUAUAUGCUGAAUCCAAAGACUCACAAGGUGUUGUAAAGAUGAGAAAAAUGAUUAAAAGCCAAGGCAUAAAGACUAGACAGGGCUGGAGUUCGAUUGAAGUUGGUGAAAAAGUUCAUAGAUUUGUUGUGGAUGACUAUUCACAUCCUGAUUCAAAAGAAAUCUAUCACAAGUUGGAGGAGGUAAUUUAUAAGGCCACCUUGGUUGGUUAUGUGAGAGAUUCAAUGGCGGCAAUUCCUGAAUCUACUGCAGGAGAGUGUGUGGAAAAUUUUGAUUCUUAUCAUAGUGAGAAGUUGGCAAUUGCUUUUGGAUUGGCAAGAAUGCCACAAGGAGUGAGUCUUCGGAUUGUUAAGAACUUGAGAGUUUGUAAAGAUUGCCAUACAUUCACCAAGUUCGUCUCCAAAGCAUAUGAUAGAGAGAUAAUUGUCAGGGACAGAGUUCGAUUUCAUCACUUCAAGAACGGAUUAUGUUCCUGCAAAGACUAUUGGUGAAAACUCUUAAAUGACAAUGAUGGCCUAUCUCCAUAACAAUAUAGAUAGGUCAGAAACCAAAGUUAAAAGAGGCUGGAACCUCGGGUUCGUGCAGUGUUCAAAAAACCUUGGGAAAAAGAAUUUUCAGAGCCCUCCAUGCUUGCUGAACCCAUCACCUGCCAAAUGCCGGUCUUCAGUAAGUACUAAUUCUCCAGAAGAAAGGAACAGUUAAUCUCAGGUACUAACAAAUGUCUUUAGAACCCUUUCAUUUCUUUCUUAGGCUGACGUCAAACUGAGCAAAAAACAUAUUUCCUUUCACCAAAUAUUUAUGAUAUUUGAGUAUUAUACUGCCCUCUCCAUUCACUGAAAUAUUGUUGAGAUCAGAUGAAUUUGUUUAUAAAAGAUUGUUUUCUUGGCGAUGGUCGGAAGGACCUUUGGAAAAUAAUGUUGAAAUGUGAAGUAAACGAUGUAAUAUAUUUCGUUUUUAGAAACUGAACUAGGUACAGAUCUAAACCAACUUUAACCAACAUUUUCGUGGAUACUUGAUUGCUUGAGGUUUUACCAGUGCACCUAGCAAUGACAGAGAAGAGAAUAUGAUGGGAAAAUAAUUAGAUAGUUAGGAGGUUAGGUUGUAUUUUCUUUCACUUCGAAAAUUAGUUUUCUUCCAUAUUCUGAUGGCCCAUUCCUACCAAAUUGUUAUCCUUGCGAUUCCAUGCUAGGCAAUGUGGUAACUUUCUUCAUAUUAACUAUGGUAAUCUUAGACAAUUUUCAAAAUAACAGAAUGAACAAGAAAUAUUGCAAUACAAGAAGAAUCAGACUUGAACUAGAGAGGAAUGAAAAAGUUUUAAUCUGCUGAUGUGUUUGGUGCUAAGGCAACAAGAAGAAUUGAUUAUGUCUUUUUUUUCUUCAUAAAUGUGGUUGUAUAAAAGAAAAGGAAAAGCAUGUACAGGAGCACAGAGGGCAUUCCCCCAGAAAAUUAAAAGCACCUAAUAGAGUAAGGAUAGAAGCAUCCAAACUCUAAUCCAGAAAUAACUAGAGGUAAGGACAAAGAGACAAACUCAAAAACCUCAGCAAAGAGGAAAAAAACAUAGAAUUUGACAAGUAAAAUCAGAAAUAGAAGUAUUGUGUAUAUCCAACACUUCUAACAAUAAACUUCUAAGAAUUGAUUAUGUCAUUGACUUAUCAAAAAAAAGAAUCGAUUAUGUCAUUGACUCUCUUUUUGGGUGUUUGGCACAUAGGCUUAAAUAAUUAAGUACUACAUGAUAUUGUUCUCUGAUUUAUUGAAUUAAAUUAUAAAAAUAGGUUUUGCCCAAUAGUUUGGGUUUGGUAUAACCAGCUGAAUCAAAGUUCAAGCUCAAAUUUAGGGAAACUAGUGAAACUGACAUCUCAGCUGAAUUAAAUUAUGAUAUUGUUCUGUGAUUUAUUGAAUUAAAUUAAUUGUACACUUUAAGUAUAAUUAUCAUUAAUACCUAAACAUAAUUAUGAUUACUACCCAAUAAUCAAUACUUAAACAAACCUUAACAAAAAAAAGUUUCAUUUAUUCAAGUGAAAUUUAAGUUUUUAUUUUGAAUCUCUAGUCAAGGGAUGAGCUCUGUCAACAACUCCAUUUUAUCUCACAUCACAUUGCAAUCUAAAAAGAUUAUUAGUUGAGACCAUCAAAUUAAAUGGUUGAAUUAAUAUAAUCCCAAAAUUAUGAUCACACAUAUAUUCUUCCUAUGCAUUAAAUAUAUAUGCAUUCAACUCCACGUAUACUUUUUCUCACGUGGCAUAGGCCACACGUGACACGUGUAUAAAGAAUUGAACAAGAAACGUGUCAAGUCUUAGACACACAAUUGAUGAGAUUGGAAUGAGGCACAUAAUAACACUUUUAUUACACGAACUUGAAUUGGUCCAUGCUAACACUUUUAUUACACACUGCUUUAAAAUUCCUGGCGCAUGUACAUGAACAGUAAGAAGAGAAUAGUGCAUAAAGCCAGAAAGGUGACACAAAUAACUUCAAUUUUUAAGCAUGUUAGCUCAUAAAUAGUUAUCCAAUCUGUUGAUUAAGGCAUAGAUAUCAAACACACAUUUAUACAGCCGGAAAUAUAAUAUAUAUAUAUAUAAAGAGUAAUGAUAGAAGUCCAAUAAUCAGACACAUUCGACUAAUUUUAAAGACUGAUGUCAUCAUGACAUAGAUAUUAAUGACAUUAUGAUGAUGUUAACCCUCACUCACAUAAAUCAGACGGACUUCCCGACUUUCAGAUUCCAAAUCAUUAUCCAUGUGAAAAAUGUUGUUAUGGUGAUUCGUGUAAGCCGACUAGGCACAAGGGACUUUUAUGUGAUAAAUUCUUAUGUAGUUCGGACUAUGUGGUCCAGGUCAAUCACAAGUUGUCUCAGUCUGUCACAUUUAUUUAUUUAUUUUGAAUAGAAAUAAGAAAAGAUUUGUACAUGUCCAAGGACUAGGCCCAAGAAAAGAAAAGAAAAGAAAUAAAUGCUUCAACAGAAGCCCAUACUACAAUGACCUAGGAUCAGGCCCAAAAACUAAAUAGCAUGAGAUGGAGCAUGCUCUGAGCCAAGAUACUUGUGAUUGGCUUAGUGGUGACCUAAUAGGUAGAGUGCCUAGCUUUCCGAGUGGGUGUGCCCAUAUUCAAAUCCUCCUUCCCCUAGUUUACCCAAAAAAAAAAAAAAAAAAUUGUGCUUACCCACGACCACAUAAUUCCAGACCAUUGAUCUAAUAAUUUCCUUGUAUUGGGCUGCCAAGCCCCUUGUGCCUUCUGCAGAUAUGCAGCCUUUGCUAUUUCCAGUUUAAUGCCAUGCCAUGCCAUGCCAUGAGUCCAUGACAAUGUCUGCGUUCAAAACCAAACAAUGUGCAUUCCCAGUAAUUGUGAAUAUGUUGUUAACGGUGGUUGAGAGAAGACAAAUAAACCCCUGUACAAGAGUAAAACAAGCACAAUGUUAUUCAUGAAACAGUUCUUCUUGAGAACCAAAACCUUCUAAUUCUUUGAAAUAGACUUUAUUCACUUAUAUAAAAAUAAUAAUAAUAAAUAAAAUUAUUUACUUAUUGUAUUGGCAUAGAUUAUAGAGAAUCAUUUCUCAUAUAUUUUGAUAUUUAGAGAAAAGAACCUCAACUAGAAAUGAAUCUGCUUUGGCAUUGAUUCUAGAGAGUCUUUUCUUUACUACUCCGAGGUCUCAAGAAAAAGUUUUUGACUAGAAUCAAAUCUGUUGAGAAUUAUUAAUAGUCUACAACAUCAAUCAAUGCAUUAACCAACUGUAUUGUGUAUAUCAAGGAGUUAGAGUAGAAAGCCAUGGUUUCUAAUAUUUUAAUAUUUAAGAGGACAUCCACCAAUGGGCAUUAGUUCAAAUGGUAUGAUCUCAAGUCGGUUGAAGGGGGCAAAUAUUAUGUGUGCAUGUUUUCUCAACUUUUGGAAUAUUAUAUACUAUAUGGCAGACACAUCAGAAAAGAUGCAUAUACAUACCAGAGAUGAGAUGCCUCAUUGUGAUGGCAGACAUACUCCAACUCCAGAAAACUCUUAUAGUACAGUAGCUAAACUAGAUGAAUUGAGAUGGAAUUUGUAGUAUCAUAACAAAUUUUCAAUAGAAAACCAUGUUGAUAUAAUGUAUAUAUAUGUUUCCUGAUAUUGAUUCAAAAUAGAAGAGGUGCUGGGUUGGUUGGUCAGUGCUGCGGUAAAAGCUCAUAUUGCCACAGAUGAGAACAUGAUCUUGAUUUGAGGAACCACACUGGGUAAUCAUUUGAUUUAGAAAUUCAAGGGAGGGGGGAAAAGGAACUGAAUAAGGGUUGUCAUGUACAUUGGGAAGGCAGAGAAAGAAGUCUUUUCUCAGGGCAUGACUAGUGUUGCUUAUGUAGGACCAUUCCCUUAGCACGGAGGAAAGCCCAGAUGGCAAAGUGGAUUCAUUGCUGACGUCAGACCUUUUUAGUGAAGGAGGUUGGAAAAGUACUGUUAGGGGUUUUUAUCGUGGCCGGGGUUUCAAUUUGCUCGAAGAAGCAGGUAACCUUUCCGUCUGAUCCUAAUAAAUUGGUAUAUCAAUUAGUUUGCUUGAGAUUGUAGGUAACAACUGGUUCUGCUCCUGAGAAUUUGGUGUCUCUAUUUCGUGUUCUUUGAAGAAUUGACAUUGUAAUAUUUUCUUAGAUGAGUUUACUACUUUCGAAGAGGCUUGGGAAAUUAUUGCUCAGAGGCUUGAAAAUUGAGGUAUCUUUUCCAUCUGAUCUUAAUAAAUUGGUGUAUCAUUCAAUUUGCUUGAGACUUUUCAGAAAAAAAAAAAAAAAAACAA